AGAGGAUCUGCAGAGGGUCAGCUUCAUGGCUGAGCCGCCUUUGGCUGACUUGAAAGGACUUCAUUUUUCAUUCAUCCGGAAUCUCUGAUCUGUCCUUCCGAGGGACAUCCCUCACAGGAGUCCGUGUUCUCCCAUCCGGGACACCGUUCAUCCCCCUGUCCAGGAGAAGACAGAAGACCGGAGUGAAGGAGAGCCUCCCCCAAAAGGAAUGGAGAACACAACUCAACUUACCCCUCUGGAGGUCGCCCACCCAGAUUCCAGUGUCACCACUGCCAUCUAUUAUGACUAUUAUGACGAUGAAGAGUAUCUCUUCCAACUAACUUUGCGGAAAAGGCUGCACAUCUUCUCCUUGGUCAUCUAUAGCAUUGCCUUCGUGCUGGGGGUCAUCGGAAACGGGCUGGUCAUCCUCAUCACCGGCUUCCGUAUGAAGAGGACGGUCAACACUGUCUGGUUCCUCAACUUGGCCAUCGCCGACUUCACCUUCACCCUCUUCCUGCCCCUGAGCAUUGCCUACCUAGCCCUGGGCUUUCACUGGCCCUUCGGGGAGGCCAUGUGCAAGCUCAACAGCACCGUGGCCUUCGUCAACCUCUAUGCCAGCGUCUACCUCCUCAUGGUCAUCAGCAUCGACCGCUGCAUUUCCGUGUUACGCCCCGUGUGGGCUCAGAAUCACCGGAACCCCCGCUGCGCUUCCUUUGUGGCUUUCGGGGUUUGGGUUCUGGCCCUGGUGUUGAGUUCGCCGAACAUCCAUUUCAGGAAGACCGCGUGGAAUACGGAUGUGAUCAACUGCUAUACCAAAUAUAGCCACGAUACGAAACAGGCAUUUGUCAUCCACCGUGCCAUGAUUAUCAGUCGCUUCAUGUUUGCCUUUGCGAUCCCCUUUCCCGUCAUCAUUAUUUGCUAUGGGGCGAUUGUUCUGCGGCUGAGGAGGGACCGCCUGGCCCGGUCGAGCAAGCCCUUCAAGGUCAUCACUGCCGUGAUUGCGGCCUUUUUCGUCUGCUGGCUCCCCUAUCAUGUCUUUUCCUUCCUCGAGAUUCGAGCCUACGAGGACCACACGCUGCAUCUGGCCCUCAUUAUCGGUAUCCCGCUGGCCUCUAGCCUGGCCUUCAUCAACAGCUGCCUGAACCCCAUCCUGUACGUCUUCAUGGGGCACGAUUUCAAGGAAAGGCUGAGGCGCUCCAUCCUGGCGGUAUUUGAGAAUGCCUUCGCCGAGGAGGAAAGCCAGAGUACGACGCAAACCAAGACCAAAUCCUCUGAGGACCUGGACUCUCAAGGCUUAUAAACAUUGCCGAUCUUGGUGUCCAAAAUUCCCCACCUUCCCUGCAGGAGCAUUCAACGUGUCCGUUCAUAAUUCCACGCAGGCCCUGCUCUGUACUGUCGGUAGGGCUACUAGUUCUCCCGCUAUAGAAGGAAGCUUUCCACGGACCUUCUCCAUUGACUGCCUGUGCUUUGAGUGGCAACAAGAAUAAAGAAAAAGAUCACUGAUGGCCUCCUUGCUGGUACACCACUUCUGGGUACAACCUGGAAGUGACAGUGGGUAGUUCUAGGAAUUGACACAAACUCUAUGAUAAAAUUGUAAAGCUUCGGACAAUUCCCAGAACAACCCAGGGAUAUGGGAUUACGCCCGUAAGUGACAAUGGGUUACAGAAACUCUAUGGUUUCUCAGACAAUCCCCCCUGCUCUAGUAUGUUCAAGAAACAGAAUACAAGAUGGGUCUAUGAAGACACAUAUUAUUUUGUAUCCGGGUGUUUAGCUCUGUCUUAUUUUUUCCUCCUCCUGUAUCAUUCCCCCACCCCCAUUAAUUUUGUAGCAGUCUAAAUCGUGCAUAAUAUUAUCCUGUCUGAUAUUUAUGCUU